AUGGCUUCUAACGAAGAAUACAAGACCCUAACUGCAACCUGCCACUGUCAAUCCGUGCACUUCACAGUCACUAUUCGGGGUGACGCUCUUCCUCUGAGCAUUCACCUAUGCCACUGCAGUGUAUGCCGCCAUACACAUGGAGCCCUCUGCAGCUUCCAUGCCCCGCUUCCCAAAGAUAUUCGUCCCGAAUUCAUCUCGCCGUCAAGCCUUGACAAAUUAACACCGUAUACGUACCCACAGUCCAAAUCUACUCGGUUCUUCUGUAGUAAAUGUGGUUGUCAUAUUGGUGACCGCGAUCACGCAGAUGGUCGCUGGGUGGUAUCCAGUGCGAUCUUCGACGAUAGCGGAGACGAAAGUGUCUGGCAAAUAAACUCACACCUCUACGCCAACGGCGAUACUAAGACCGGGCUGUUCGAGUUUGUGUCUCAAAUCGAAGGGCGUGAAAUUACCAUAUCCAAGUCAGAGAAGCAGAAAAAUGAGACCGCCAUGCAGGACAAUUCGAAGGCACAGGAAUGCGAUGACAGGUCUCUACGGGCCAAGUGUCACUGCGAAGGGGUAUCAUUCACCAUCUCCCGGCCUGGUCGGGAUUUUGUUCAAGAUCCUGCAAAUCGUAAAUGGGUUUUGGAAGGGAAAGAAGACAAGUGGCUAGGUGCAUUGGAUGUGUGUGAUGAUUGCCGGUUGGUCAGUGGAGCGAAUGUCGCAGCUUGGAUGUUCAUUCCAGUGAGUCAUAUAUCGCCUCCUCCGCCAGGAAACUUACUCAUUGGGUCCUCAAAACGCUAUUCAUCGAGUGAUGGGGUGGUGAGGACGUUUUGUGGGACAUGUGGUGCUAUGGUCUUCUAUUCUUGUAAUGAUCGCCCGGGAAUAGUGGACGUUGCAGUUGGUAUCUUGCGGGACCCGAAAUCCGUGCUCGCGGAGAGCUGGGUCGUUUGGAGAACUGGGAGAAUUGCUUAUCUCGAAGAUGGUUUACGAUAUAAUGGAGAGUUUACAAAGUCUCUAGAUGAGGGGCUGAAGAAGUGGGGAAAGGAAAGGUAUGGGAAAUUGGAGUAUUUUAAAGUAGGGUAGCUUGUGAUAAAUGCUAUAUCACUU